AAAGAUAAUUAAUAUUUAAUAGAUAGCAACUGUUUCGGAGGGUCAAAUGUAGAAGAAAGAGAGUUUAAGACGUCAAUAUCGAGUGGUUCUUCUGUUGUUGACCUCAAUCCCCGAUCCACGUCCGUCCUUUCACUUUAGAACUUCUUCCCGGACACUAAACGUGGUGUCGAAGAACUUACCUGUACAUUCUGUAACGAUUCAGUCUGUAACUUAGUUUACACUGGUACGCUGUGCACGGUCUCUCUGGCUUUUACAUUUCACUUUCACGUAAGUUCAAUCAUUAGAGAUUGCACGAACGUUCGAACGCGAAAAUGAUUCGUUUGCAAAUUAUCAUUUCUGUGGUAUUUAAAACGUUUGUUUAUAUCGAUCUGUCCUAUUUAAAUUUUACGUAAAUAAUAAAAUAAAUAUAAAAGAUCUUGUGCGAACAAAAACAAAAUCAAUCUUUCAAAGAUUUUUAUAUACAUAUGUAACUUAAUUUGUUAACGAAGUGAGAAAGUAUCCAAAGGAAAAGUCAUUUAAGUGUAUUUAUUUAGUGAAAGUUGUGUUAGGAAAUACCAUUGCUUCAUUUGAAUAAAUUUUGUGAACAUCAUAAUGUGUUAAUUUAAGCGUCCUUUUAAUGUAGAACGCUUACAAAGUUUUAAUUUUUUAUAUUUUACUAAAACACCUUGACCCGUUUCUAGUUUGCGAAAUAUACUAAUAUCAAUAACAUUGAUCAAUAAUUUUGAUCAAUCAGUGAAUUGAUAUAUGAUCUACGUGAGUUUAGUUGAAAGUCUGUUAAUCUACGAUUAAUAAAAGAUAUUUAUCUAUCGAUCCAAAAUAAUUGACAAACUUUGAUCGCGAAAAAUGGAACAAUGCAUUUAUUGAAUACCUAAAAAAAUAUCUAAGAGAUUAAACGCUUUAGGCGAUGGCUACAUUCGCUAAGAUCUCGAUCAUAAGACUGAGCAUUAUAAUCAUUCUAUUCAACUAUGCAACGAGUCUGAUUAUACCGGAAGAACUUCCUACGAUACUUUCACUAAUUUAUUCUAACAUACCACCGAUAAAGAAAGGAACGGACUCGAGACUAGGCAUUGGUUUCCGGCUUGGUGAACAUGCUGAUUUUCAAGUUCUUCUUGAAUUAGGACCUCAAACUGAUACCGAUCCGAUCGGUACCAAGGAUUCCAAAAGACGAAGAGACGCGAUGUACAUGGCUGCGAUGAAGGGAGAAUUAGGCCCUUUAGCACAAGCUAUAGCAAAAUAUCAAACUGAACGUAAAAUACAUGAAGAAUUAGAAAAGCUUAAAAAAGUUGAGGAAAAAACGAGAAUAGCUGAGAAAGAGGAUACUAAAAAUGAUACCUCCAGCGAUUGGUUGAUGAAGUGGAGUAAAGAAAUGUCGAAGUCCUCCACGAGUGAAGUGCCAUUGAAACGAAUUUCUACUGAGAAAAUGUCUUUAAAUACCAGCGGUAGCAGCAGUUUGUCACAUCAGAAAACACAAUCUACUACUGCAAAUAAGGAGAAACUAGAAGAGCUUAAAAAAUUGUACAAAUCACAAUGACAAUUGGUAAUAAUAGACAAAUUCAUUUAUAAUAAAUUGCCUUAUGUUAUAAAACAAAGAUAUUACUUGUAAUAAAAAAGGAAA